GGGGGGGGGGGUUAUUUUGGUUUGCAGUUUUCAUGAGGGCCACUGGGGGGGUAAAAUCGGCCUUUCGGACCUUGCCCCUGAGCUGAUGUCACUCCGAGAUUAAACACCUUUGACCUCCAUGCGCUGUCAACAGUAAGCAGCUCACCGAGACGCCAGUGCGACUAAAUCCACCAGCAGAGACCGGUUUGUCACGUGACGUGCCGUGCAACCCCUUGCCUGCCUUGCUUGUGUGUGCGUGCGCGUGCGCGCGUUUGGCUUUUUUUUUUAUUUAUUUCCGCGUUCUCCGGAGCAGAGCAGAGAGCUGGACCGGGUCGUGUCUUUGCGCGGCCGUUGCGCUCCGACUGACCUGUCCGCGUCUCCGCGCGCGCGCGUGGGGGGGGGACGACCAUGCUCACGCGGGUGAAGUCGGCCGUGGCCAGUUUCAUGGGAGGCGUGAUGGCCGGCGGCUCCGGCGGGGAGCAUCCAGGGGCCGGAGGGGGGUACGGAGGUUCGGAUCUACCGCUCCGGUUCCCCUACAGCCGGCCCCAGUUCCUGGGUCUGUCCCCGGACGAGAUCGAGUGCUCCGCGGACCACGUCGCCAGGCCGAUCCUCAUCCUCAAGGAGACCAAGCGGCUGCCGUGGGCCACCGGCUAUGCGGAGGUCAUUAACGCUGGAAAGAGCGCGUUAAAUGAAGACCAGGCCUGCUGUGAGGUGCUGGUGGUCAAGAGGAGGCCGUCGGGGAGCGCCACCCCCACUGACCGCAGGAGGUCUUCCCUGCCUAACGGAGAGGGCCUGAGCCUCAAAGACACCCCGGACAGCUCUGAGGACCUGACCUUUCACUACUGGGCGCUGUUCGAUGGCCACGCGGGGUCCGGGGCGGCGGUGGUGGCGUCCCGCCUCCUCCACCACCACAUCGCCCUGCACCUUCAGGAGGUGACGGAGAUCCUCUGCACGCCCAACCUGCUGCCCCCCACCCUCCUGGACGAAGAGCCGGUCAAUCACCUCCUCACCGCCACGUCCAGCCGCGCCCUGACCCGGGCGGCGUCGCUCAGAGGGGCGGCGGGGGCCCCGGGGUCCCCCGGCACGCCGCCCGCGCGCUUCUUUGCCGAGAAGAAAGUCUCGCACGAGAGCCUGGUAAUCGGGGCCAUCGAGAAUGCCUUCAAAGACAUGGACGUGCAGAUAGAAAAAGAGAAGGGGGCCUACAACAUCUCCGGGGGCUGCACCGCUCUGAUGGUCAUGUGUUUACAAGGGAAGCUCUACGUCGGGAACGCAGGGGACAGCAGAGCUAUCAUCAUCCGGGCAGGAGAAGUCAUCCCCAUGUCGUCGGAGUUCACGCCUGAGUCAGAAAGACAGCGACUGCAGUUCUUGGCGUACAUGCAGCCCCACUUAUUAGGGAACGAGUUCACGCAUCUGGAGUUCCCGAGGAGAGUGCAGAGGAAGGAGGUGGGGAAGAGGAUGCUGUACCGGGACUUCACCAUGUCAGGAUGGGCGUAUAAAACCAUAGAGGAUGAUGACCUGAAGUUCCCCCUGAUCUACGGUGAAGGGAAGAAGGCCCGCGUCCUGGCAACCAUCGGAGUCACCAGAGGUCUGGGGGACCACAACCUGAAAGUGCACGACUCCAACAUUUACAUAAAGCCCUUCCUGUCCUGCUGCCCGGAGGUCAGAGUUUACCCCUUAUCGCAGCACGAGCACGGGGCGGAUGACGUCCUGGUUCUGGGAACCGACGGUCUGUGGGACGUCCUCUCCAAUCAGGAAGUGGCCGAAGCGGUCAGCGGCUUCCUGGCAAACUGCGACCCGGACGACCAGCACAGGUACACAAUGGCGGCUCAGGACCUGGUCAUGAGAGCCCGGGGGGUGCUGAAGGACCGGGGCUGGAGGAUAUCCAACGACCGGCUGGGCUCCGGCGACGACAUCUCCGUCUACAUCAUCCCCCUCAUGUACGGAAACAAGCAGAACUAGCCCACAUACCCCCCCCCCCCCCCCCCCCCCCCCCCCCGGUAGUUUUAAACCGCAUUUGUGUGGGUUUCCUCUUCUGGUGAAAGAUCAAAGGUGGGAUUUCUGUCCCGGUCUCCCCGAGAUCGUCCUUAGAUUUCCUUUUACGGAAGAGAAACAGACAAGCCGUCCCACGGAAGGAGACCAUUUUUUAUUUCUUUUUAUUUGAGUUAAGACGUAGAUAUUUCUUUCUUUUUUUUGUCUUUCCUCCAUGACGAGGAAGCUGCUGCGAAGUUCACAUGUGCGGGGGAAAAACAAAAAAGAAAAGGUCGCCGGCUGGGACUUAUGGCCGUCACUGACCCGCGCACAAAACUUAGAAAUGUGAAAAUGUAAAUAGCCAUUGUUCGAACGUCUGUACAGUGUACAAAACAAGAAAACGAACACGCAAAAAAAAAAAAGAGUUCUUAAAACCUGUGUCCGCCAUGUGUUCCGGUCCCCCCCUGAAACGAAGCAGCCCGGCUCACACGUGGUCCUCUCAGAUGUGGGUCACCUCCAGAUGGUCACCUGCAGCCCAGCUUUUGCCAUUUGUUUCCAAUCGAAAGAGAAACAGCUUCGCCAACCUCUUACGUCUUCCUUUGUGACCGUCAUCCUCUCUCAGUCCUUCUUAGAUAUACUUACAGGUGCCUCUUAACUACGUCGGUUGACCGGAUGUUUAGAUAAUGUUUGUGAACAGCACCCGUCUCCGAUGACCAUUAGCAGGCGCUUUCCUUUUUGGUGCGUUCACCAUCGAUGUGGUUCUCAUUUUGAGUGUUUUUCUGCUGUACAAAUGGCUGGCUUUCAGCCAAAACAUGGGGAGUAACUUGAUGUAAAUGUAAAUAUUAUUUCCAGUGGACAAUCUUCUCUCUGUUUCUGUAAGUGAUGUACAUCUUUCCGAAACCAAGACGUGUCAUUUCUACUGUUUUAGAAACCGAGGAACGGUGAAAAGGAGAGAGAGGGAGAUUAAAAAAAAGAUGUUGUAAUAAAAAGGAGAAAUGGA